AUGGCUGCCCCUGCUGCUCCUCGCAUGGCGCUGCGGUGCCCUCGAGCUCCAGGGCCCCGAGAAGAGGGCCCUGGCCUACGACCAGGCUCGCGCAUGCAGUACUGGAAGAGGCCGACGUCUGCAUUGCCGUCCACCGGGAAGUACCUGCUGUUCAGCCCCGACGCGGGAGGCCUCAACAACAUCCGCAUCGGCUGGGAGAUGAUCGGCCUCGUGGCCUUCCACAGCAACCGCACGCUGGUGCUGCCCCCAAAGUCUCGCAUGUACCUGCUGGACUUCGGCCCCUGGAACCAGGCUCUGGUGGGUGACACGUCGAACUGGACGGGCUCCACGAGGGUGGAGGAUCUCAUCGACGUGACGCAGCUCAAGGGCGUGCUGCCGACCCUGACCGUGGAGGAGUUCGAGGCCGAGGCGGGCGUGAAGUGGGAGCAGGCCAGGUACGAAGCGGAGAAGGCGCCACCUCAGGGCGGCCACCCCCUGUCGGACUGGAGCGCGCUCGCCGGCAAGUUCGUCUUCAUGAGCGGCGAGAACAGGGAGGGGUUCGACAUGGGCCAGUGGUGGCUGCAGGGCGGGCCACGCGACGAGGUCCGCCCGGAGAUGACGGAGGUGGACUGGGGCCUGCUUCGCCACGGCUUCGUGUGGCACCAGGACGUCUUCAGCAUCGCCGCGAAGGCCGUCCAGUACCUCGGGCUCUUCGACUACGUGGCCCUCCACGCCAGGUACGGCGACUUCGCGGAGAAGCAGUCGCAGCGCACGCCGGAUCAGAUCUACGAGAAUUGGAGGCCGCUCAUCGCCAACGCCUCGGCGAUGUACGUGGCCACCGACCGCCAGGCUCAGUUCGACGGCUUCGCCCAGCGCCACGGCGUCAAGCUGGUGAUGUGGCCAGACCUCUUCACGGCUGCCACGGGCGGGGUGCUGUCCGCGGACAAGCAGCUGUACACCCCCGAGAGGUUUUUCAAGCUCAUGGGCCCUGUGGAGGAGGUGAUCUGCACUUUCGCGAAGGUCUUCGUCGGCACCGACCGCUCGAGCUUCACGGGCCACAUCCAGCGGAUGCGCAUCCAUGCCGACGCGCCGGUCACCCAGCGCCUGACGCACACGGAUGGAAACCCCUUCACGCAUUCGACGCGCGAAAUGCAGGUGCCGUUGGAAGACAUCCAGCGUUCAAUACAAGAGUGGGAGCAGCGGGACUGGGUCGUCCCAGACAUCACCAAGGGCGAGCACUUCAGGCAGAAGACGACCAAGCUUCUGCGCAACAUUUCGCGAAGAUUCUGAGCACCGUGCGUGGCCACCACUCCAUUUUUCCUCGUCCCUCUGGCCUAAGUCGGGCAUGCCCCUCUGCAGGAGGAAUCUUUGAAUAAAGCAACCAGUCAGAAACUAGCCUGGGGACUUUUUGUCCCCCCCCUAUGUUUGACGAUAGUUGUUGCCUGGCUUGCAUGUUUCACCCAAAAUGCCCCUGGAUGAGGACGUGCCCGACCUGACCCCUAGUCCUCUGCCUCCCGCCUCGUCCUCCUCUCCCAGGGCGCCCAUCGCGGACGCAGGAACGCCCAACUAAGACGGCCCACGUCAG